AGUGGCCUAACUUCUCGGAGCAGGUGUCUUCGGAGGAGCUCACUGGAGGCGUGAGGAGGGGAAAUUUCACAUAGGCUACUGCACUUCCCUCUUUAUACCUCCUAGCGUACUAAACUUUUAGAUGAUUGCAAAAAUGGUUUCUAAGUUGACAUCUCUGCAACAGGAGCUUCUGAGCGCCUUGUUGGACUCUGGAGUUACUAAAGAUGUGCUUCUGCAAGCGUUGGAAGACCUGGACCCGAGCCCGAGCGCUUUUGGAGUUAAACUGGACAGUCUGCAGAUGUCCCCCUCCGGCUCCAAACUCAGUGAUACGGAUACAAAGCCGGUGUUUCACACGCUGACCAAUGGACACGGUAAAGGGAAGUUAUCAGGGGAUGAGGGCUCAGAGGACGGGGAUGAUUACGAUACACCGCCGAUACUGAAAGAGCUGCAGUCUCAAAAUACAGAGGAAGCAGCGGAACAGAGGGCAGAAAUCGAGCGAAUUUUGGCGGUGGACCCGUGGCGCGCGGCCCGCAUGAUCAAAGGCUACAUGCAGCAGCACAAUAUCCCUCAGCGCGAGGUGGUGGAUGUGACAGGCCUCAAUCAGUCGCACCUGUCGCAGCACCUGAAUAAAGGCACGCCUAUGAAAACGCAGAAACGCGCGGCGCUCUACACCUGGUACGUCAGGAAACAGCGGGAGGUCUUGCGACAAUUCAACCAGGCCUCGCAAGGCUCUGUCAGCAACAUGUCCGAUAAAGCCAACCAGGAUCAGGUGCUACUUUUUUUCUCCGAGUUCAGUCAGUCUGGGCAGGGCAUGGGGCAGACAGGGGACGAUGCUGGAAUUGAACCUGCAUGCAAGAAAUUGAGACGCAACCGCUUCAAAUGGGGGCCUGCGUCCCAACAGAUCCUUUACCAGGCUUAUGAACGACAGAAGAACCCCAGCAAAGAGGAGAGGGAGGCACUGGUGGAGGAGUGCAACCGAGCUGAAUGCCUCCAGAGAGGAGUAUCACCUUCUAAAGCUCACGGGCUUGGCUCCAACCUGGUCACGGAGGUGCGAGUCUACAACUGGUUUGCCAACAGGAGAAAGGAAGAGGCCUUUAGACAAAAACUGGCUAUGGAUGCCUAUAGUGGGCCAACACACAAUCUGAACUCCCUUCUUACACACAGUUCCCCACAUCACCCACAAACCAGCAACUCCCCACCAAGUAAGAUGCAAGGUACUGACACAUUCAUUGUAAUCUCACGUAUAUUAUUUGAUAUUCCUAUUAUCCGAGUGCUUCUGCCGUGGAUCUCGGUAUCAGGCGGAGGUCUUCCUCCAGUCAGCACCCUGACCAACAUCCAUGCAUCCCACCACAUGCACCAACAGACCCCCAACCUCAUAAUGCCCCUUUCUGGAGUCAUGGCCAUUGCACAAAGUUUGAACACAUCGCAGGCGCAGACGGUACCUGUCAUCAACAGCGUUGCAGGCAGUCUGGCAGCAUUGCAGCCGGUGCAGUUCUCGCAGCAGCUGAAUGUCUCGCACCAGCAGCUCAUGCAACAGUCACCCGGCCACAUGAGCCAGCAGCCCUUCAUGGCCUCUGUCUCACACUCACACAUGUACCCACACAAGCAGGAGCCACCCCAGUAUUCUCACUCGUCUCUGUUUCCCCCUGCCAUGGUGGUGACAGACGCCAACAGCCUCAAUACGCUGAGCUCAAUGUCCUCCAGCAAACAGGAUGCCAAGAUGAUCUCGGUAUCAGGCGGAGGUCUUCCUCCAGUCAGCACCCUGACCAACAUCCAUGCAUCCCACCACAUGCACCAACAGACCCCCAACCUCAUAAUGCCCCUUUCUGGAGUCAUGGCCAUUGCACAAAGUUUGAACACAUCGCAGGCGCAGACGGUACCUGUCAUCAACAGCGUUGCAGGCAGUCUGGCAGCAUUGCAGCCGGUGCAGUUCUCGCAGCAGCUGAAUGUCUCGCACCAGCAGCUCAUGCAACAGUCACCCGGCCACAUGAGCCAGCAGCCCUUCAUGGCCUCUGUCUCACACUCACACAUGUACCCACACAAGCAGGAGCCACCCCAGUAUUCUCACUCGUCUCGGUUUCCCCCUGCCAUGGUGGUGACAGACGCCAACAGCCUCAGUACGCUGAGCUCAAUGUCCUCCAGCAAACAGUGUCCGCUUCAGGCCUGGUGAGCACCUGACUUCCUUGACGCAGAGAACAUCGUCCCCACCUCCAUUCCCCCUCAUCGCGCCCGUAUCUGUGGAAACCCAUAAUAAGUGCGAGCAAGUGGCACACUGGAUGAAGAGUUAGUCAACAAACCAGGGGAUGCAGGACUGACGAGAACGGACACUGUUAGGUUGUUCGAUCAACAAGGGUACACACUUUAGUGACAGUAUUUUACUUCUCAGUGAUGGACAAAACGUAUUGAGGAACAUGGGUGAUCCUGAAGAACAAACCAAUAGGAAACACAAGACAAAGCUACAGAUACAAGGAGAAGAAAGACCUGGAAUAAGAACACUGUGCUCAGUGAAGACAUUAUAAUUGAACCGUGUGGAUACAAUGACAAUCAGCCAAUGUUAGAAGCAUCUGUAGGAGUUUCUGUAACGUGUAACUGAUGCAAAGACGUCUUCCGUGAGAUCUGACAACGCUUAGACGAUGUUCUGUACUGUUGAAUGUAAAUACAAGCAAUUAUUAUAUCGUUAGUAUGAAGGAUGUAAAUAUUCGAUUGUCCAUGUGGUGUGCUGUUUUAUCUGUCUAAACUGUGAUUCACGAUGUGACAAUCUAUGGAACAGGUAUGACGUAUUGGAAUAUGCAGUUUCAGACUUUUUUUGAGUACAUUGUUGACGUCAAAUCUUAAAAAGUGAGAUAAACGUUAAAGCACAUUCAACAAAACCUGAACCUAUUGAUCUCCCUGCAAGCCUAGUUUUAAAAUAGACGCUACUGUCAAUGUUGACUAUUAGCAUUAGUGUCGUCAGAUAGAUAAGCGUCAUCUUUCUGUGCCAGGACUUCCACAGUAUGCCAGAAGUAGUGGAUUUAAGUUACGGUCGAUUCAGAGAGACAGAUAACUCCAUCCGCAUAGCUGCUCACCAUCUUUGCGAUAUCGACAGGAACGGCCAUGAAUCGUGACGUGCCUUUCUAAUCUAAAUAUUGACUUGCAAUCAAACUGUCAUUGUCAUUGUGGAGAGAUACUGAAAAGAGCGUCCCGUCGAAUUGGACGGCAGAAUGGUUAUCAGUAGGAAUUUCAUAAAAGUUGGGAAAUCGAGCCCAUUCGCCAUUUCAAACAGUAUUACCUGCUCACGCCACUCUGAACUACCAGGAAGCAUUGUGAAAUAGCUUUUAUUGUGGCUCUUGACUUUGUUUUUUUACACAUUUGCUGGCAUGUAUGUCCACAAUUUCAUAACUGACAUUGUCAUUUUGGUAUACUUAAGAAACUAGUGCACAUGUCCCCGUCUAAGAGUUUGAAUACUUGUCAAAAAGUCACUUCAGUGUUUGUUUUUAAUGUUGUUGACUAUGUUCCCACUGCCGGUUGACCUGAGGUUACAGUGCUGGUUUAUUCUCCUGCUUUAUGCUGGAUUUAUACAAAAUGUGAUUCUGUCCACAUUGUAUUAUUUU